AUGUCUAGAGCAGACGCGGGUAGUGGCCUCGACUCUACCAAGGACUCCCUCGAUCCAUUUUCCCCAGACUAUGCCCUCUCGCUCGAUGCUACAGAUCCGCUAUCUCAUUUUCGGUCAGAGUUUCACAUACCGACUCGGGGAGACCUGUAUAGACCAACGCUGUCUAAAUCGCCUGGAGAAGGACCCUCUCAGCCCUGCACGUAUCUGUGCGGCAACUCUCUGGGUCUUCAGCCCGUCAGGACCGCAAAUCUGGUCAACUCCUUCCUGACACAGUGGCGCACAAAAGGCGUCUUGGGGCAUUUCGUCGAGCAUUCAGACUCUCCCCUUGCACCAUUUUUGCACAUCGAUGAUCAUGCCGCGAAACUCAUGGCCCCAAUUGUGGGCGCCCUUGAGUCGGAAGUGGCAGUCAUGGGUUCCUUGACGGCAAACUUGCAUCUCCUCAUGUCGAGUUUCUACCGCCCCAGCAAGAAGGGCGAGGGAAGGUGGAAGAUCCUGCUCGAGGGUAAAGCCUUUCCAAGCGAUCAUUAUGCAGUUGAGUCGCAAAUCAUCCAUCAUGGUCUUGACCCGGCAGAAGCAAUGGUUUUGUUGGAACCCACCGACGCCAGAUUUCCCACUUUGUCCACCGAACAGAUCCUUCGAACGAUCGACGAGCACAGCUCAGAGCUUGCCUUGAUCCUCCUACCAGGCAUCCAAUUCUACACCGGUCAAUAUUUCGACAUCCCUCGUAUCACAGCCCAUGCUCACUCGCACGGCAUCAUGAUUGGCUGGGAUCUCGCACAUGCCGCUGGCAAUGUUGACCUCAAGCUGCAUGAUUGGAACGUCGACUUUGCCGCUUGGUGUAGCUACAAGUAUCUCAAUUCAGGGCCGGGAGCAAUGGCUGGCAUCUUCAUCAACGAGAAGUUUGGCAAAGUCGACAUGGAAAGUCCGACUCACAAGUAUUGGCCGCGCUUGACCGGAUGGUGGGGAGAUGAUAAAACCAGCAGAUUCCAAAUGACAAACAAAUUCGUCCCUAGACCAGGUGCCGCGGGUUACCAGGUAUCCAAUCCAAGCGCGCUCGACCUAGCAGCCGUCGUUGCCUCGUUACAAAUCUUCAACGAAACAUCCAUGAAGGAUCUGCGGGAGAAGUCUGUGCGCUUAACCAACUACUUGGAGCACCUCUUGGACGACAUCGCGAUCAGAAAGCCAGGGAAAUUCGACAUCAUCACAGUUAGAAACGCGAAAGAUCGAGGCGCCCAGCUAAGCAUCCGACUGGCACCCGGCUUGCUCGAUGGAGUCCUCCAUCAUCUCGAACGUGAAGGUGUCAUUGUGGACGAGAGAAAACCGGAUGUCAUUCGAGUUGCUCCCGCACCCUUGUACAACUCCUUCACCGAUGUUUUCCACUUCUGUCAGGUGCUGGAUGAUGCUCUCGGCAAAGACAGGUUAUCCACGGAAAGGCCAGCUCCAGUAUCGGAAGGGCUAGCAGGACUCUAA